UGGCGGGCUUCUGGCAUUUGACCUUGGUGAGAAUUCUGGGUCUGCCGAAAAGCAAAGUAUUCUCACCCAAAUCAUGUCAUUUUCUCGGGUGUAAAAGGUAAUUCCACGAAGAUCACCUACAAAUGCUAGCAGAACUUUUAGGAACACAAAACUAAUCCUCUGGGUAAGUUAUUUCAUCAGAAGUAUUCCAUCUUAGGAUCAUAGUUUAUCGGCAUCAUAACGGGCAGUCUAAAUUAUGUUGUUAACUGCAUAAGUGUUGUACAGGUUUCUUAGUUAAGUAGUAGGCAAAAUAUUUGUGAGACUCAUGAUUCAUCUGACAGUUUAUGUAGGAAGUCGCAACUAAAGAGAAAUACAAAAGUUAAUUCUUCUCUUCAUUUACAUUACGCGUAGUGCAUAAAUUCAAUGUGCUGUAUUUGUAUAUACCUAGGUGUUUUAGAAUCUGGACUUCAGUCAAAGAAGUUGUUCGUAGAGUCUCAAUCAUAUUGAUUGCAUCAAAGCAAUUGAGUUACUUCAAUUGAUAUUUUCGCCGACAAUGUGUCAGUUGAACUGCAGAUUCAAUCUAUUUGCAAUCUGAAUGUCUGCGAUAUCAACACAUCGUACGCCGAUCAGCAUUUUGCAGGAAGUUUGUGUGAAGAAAGGCAUAACUCCUAUCUAUGAACUUGUCUCAAGCGAAGGACCAAUCCAUGAGCCACUUUAUGUAUUUCUGUGUACAGCUGGUCCCUUCAGCGCUACUUCAAGAGGGGCUAGCAAAAAACGAGCCAAACAUCAGGCGUCGUACCUGAUUUUGCUAAAAAUGUUGAAUAGUCGACUUCUAACAGAGUCAGAAAAAUGUAAUCUUCGUGACAUACACAUUGCUGCUGCGAAUAUUUUGGGGUCUGAUUUCAUGGACACACUUGAUGACGCGGAGUUGGAUGGUAUACCAAGUAAAAUAAAACAACAAGAAGAAGGCAACUUUGUUGGAAGAUUACAAGAACUGUGUCAGAAAAACAUCUGGCCUCCGCCAUCAUAUGAAUUCCUAGAUGUAGCACCAUGUCUUCCAUCAGGUAAUGAGUACAGUUGCAAAGUUAGACUAUGGAAGUGGACUCAUACAGGGUUUGGAAAUUCCAAAAAGUCUGCUAAGCGACGAGCUGCUUAUGGACUUUUGAAUAAUAUUAUCAAGAACAACUUAACAAUACCACAAGAAGCAUUAGAAUACAUGGAAGAAGAAACCCUUUCUUUACUUGAAAAACAAGACCAAUCCAACGUAAAAGAAAAUAAAUUGGAAAGCGAGGCAACUGUACGUAUUUCUUCUAAAGCGCUUCGUGGUCUAUGGAACGCUAAGGGUAAUAAAGUUAAAGUUCCACCGAUGGAUAACACGGACAGUCUGAAUAACCCAUGUGAAUAUCUUGCGAGUAUUUGUGAAUGUGCAAAAAUCACAGUUGUGUAUGCAUACGUAUCGGCAAACGAGAAAGGUAUGAAUUACUGUUUCGCUGAGCUUUCCACGCUACCACCUCACGUAAUUAAAAGUCAGUUAAUGCCAGACUUAGCAAGUGCCCGGUCAGAUGCUGCUCGCAGAUGUAUACUUUUUCUUAAAGCAAUGUCAUCUUCAACACCUUGUCUUAAUUAUGAUGAAUGGUUUUGAUUUCUUUAUAUGAGUAUCAAAUUAUAAUUGUCAAUAAUGAUUAUACUGUAUCACUUGUUUCUCAGCUGAAAAGUUGAAACUCUUGUAUAAAUUUCGUACUAUUAUUAAAUAGAUCUGUGUGAUUCACUGAAUGUGUUAACAAAUCGGAAAGUGUGACGCUAGAACUAGGUAAUUUCCGCACGGGAAGUACUUCUUAGUAGUAUAGUUGCACAUGCGUUUAAUAGCUAUAUUUUUCUAGUCAUUGCGUUAACAUUACAUAUUAUUUGUUGAGUGUCAAUACCAUAUCAUCUAUGAUUUCGCUUA